AUGGGUCCCAGAAGACCUAGUUCGGCGACAGAUGUCGACUCACGUAUGCCGUUCGCAUCGGCGGAGGCACUGCUAUGGGGGCCAGAGAUGAAACAACAGCACGCCCAUUUGCUCACGGAGAUGCGAACACUUCAAAAGCAUCAUGAAGAAUACGAAGCCCGCAUCAGAUCUACCGAACAUGUUGCAGAGGCUGCCGAAGCUGCUACGUCGAGGGUCCGACACUUGGAGCAACAACUCGCAGCGAUCGAAGCCGAAGAUGACGACAAGGCUUUCGAGAAGUGGGCAGCAGGCGAGAUGACACGCCUCGGCAUCUUCGUCGACACGAACAAGCACGUCAGGCAGAAGCAGAUCGAGCUGGAAAGUAUUGUGUCUCAUGCUGUGGACGAUCUCGACAAGCUCAAACAUGUCCCGACAGAACUGAAGGGUGUUCUUCGACGUCUUGAUCUUCUCGAAGCUGGUCGUAAUCAAGACGCACGUCAGAUCAAGAGUCUAGAAGAAGAAAUCACCCGGCUCAAAUCUACGCGACAGGAUCCCAACUCCAUUUCUAACACCGUUGGCCCAAAGACCGUUUCCAGGUCUCAGCAUGGCAUGCUGAGAUCUAUGACACCGUCUCAAUUACCCAACGCCGAAACUUCAGAAGCAACAAGUGACACAGACGAUGAAGACUUGAUACUCAUGCCGGGUUUUGUACGUGAAGAGAUUCAAGUACCCCGGAGUCCAGAGAUGAGAGAAAGGAGACCAGUCGAUACGUCUACUUCCGCUGCGCCUCCAGGUCAUCCAGUGAAGUCAGCAAGACAGAGACUGAUGCAGAGACCUUCGAUCCACAACUCUAUGUUACCACAUCUAGCAGAGGAACAGAGACAAAUCCGAACGCCUGCUCCAAAAUCGAGUCAAUCAGUAUAUGCUGCUCCAGUUGCGACACAGCUGGUCCAUCACAACCGCCCGACCUAUCCUUCGCCCCCGGCUCCGGUCCCAGCCCCAGCUCCAGUGCAAAUUCCUACGCGAAAGCCUCGCCCACGCGCCAGAGUCGCCCCACCUCCAACACAGCUGACCGACAAAACCAUCACACGGAAGCGAAAGCAGCCUACAAAGGAGCCUCUCACUCAAAGGCUGACUCGCGCUCAAGCCAAGAAGAUUCAAGAACAGGAUGCUGAAGAGCGAAAGCCGCAUGUAACAGGUAGCGAAUCACACCUCCCACCAACACAGUUGGUCGAGCCAGCUCUUUCAUUGCGCAAGAAGCAAAAGACUGCCCAUGAUCAAGGAUCAGACAAUAUCAAGACCAGAUCCAGCACAGUGAUACGUCCCACUGGCAGAGCUCCAGCGACCGCAAAGCACAAUGCUGCUGCAAAUCAAAGCAAAAACACGGCGAUUGAAUCCACUCAGUUGGUUACGAGAAGUCCUGCCAAGUUGAACAUACCUGAAGCCACCACUUCACCUACCGACAGAAGAUAUGCCUCACCAUCUGAAUUUGCUAUGAGUGUUGCAAACGAACAGGAGCCAAAGUCACUCAUUGUUAUUCUACGCAGCCCGCAGAAAGCGACAAGGAUUGAGCGUAGUGAGAGCGAUGAUACCAAAACCACUGUGGCAGACAGAGCUAAGAAGUCACCUCGCAAAGCUGCUCUGACGCCACUGUCUCGCUCUAAGGCCAUCCCUAAGCCUUCGAGCACACGCAUUCCGGGUGGUCGGAGCAAGCCAGCUGUUUCGGCAACCGCUAGAAUUUUAGCAACCAUGGGAAGGAAACCUCGUUGGUUGUCUCAAUUAGAGGACUGA